CAGUGUAACGCGCCCUUUGUGAGAUGAGUUUGGGUCGUACGCUUCUGGGUUCCCUGGGCCACCAGCUUCGCUCUUGACUUGGCCGGACAGUGAACCAUGGAGCUAUAUUUUGGUGAAUACCAGCACGUGCAGCAGGAAUACGGGGUCCACCUGAGACUCGCCAGUGAUGACGCCCCCAAGGCGAGGAAUUCCCAGCCCUCAAAGUCAGGCUCCUAUGGUGUCAGUAUCAGGGUCCAGGGAAUCGAUGGCCACCCCUACAUAGUCCUGAAUAACGCCGAACGGUGUGUGGCAGGCAUGCCUUUUCCAGAAAACGGGCCACCGUUCCCCUCUUCGGUGAUAAAUAACCUGCCUCUACACCCAGGCAACGCGACCGUGUUGAAGGAGAACAAUUCCGAAGAACUGCCGCUCCCGGACAACCCAUACCUGCAAAGCAGCCCGGUAAGAAAGCAGAAACCGUCCUCCCUCCAAGAGGGCAGGAACGGGGUCCUGGAACGCAAAGACGGGCCCACAAAACUACCCCACGUGCUCAACUUCCAGAGGCACCCCGAACUCCUGCAACCCUACGACCCCGAGAAGAGCGAGGUGAACUCCAAAAAGCACCACCCUCCGGAGAGUCCCUGGCUGAGAAACGCCCCAGAGGAAGGGACCAACUGCAAGAAGCCCCGGAACGGCUUCCCCAGACCCCGCGGUUCCCAGCCCAACAGCCCCACUUCGGAAGACCUGACCAAGACCAACGUGACGGCCAUCCGCCUGUGCAGCUCCGUGGUCAUAGAGGACCCCCAGAAGCAGACCUCGGUGUGCGUGAACGUUCAGAGGUGCGCCAAGGACGGGCCGGGCGAGGAGGCCCUCUCCCCUCGACGGAAGUCCCCCAGCCCGCAGGCCUACCCGGAAACCAAGAAGAGCAGGCCGGAUGUACUACCGUUCCGGCGACAGGACUCCGCGGGGCCCGUCCUGGACGGGGCUCGGUCGCGGAGGUCCUCUUCGUCAUCCACCACACCCACUUCGGCCACUUCCCUGUACAGGUUCCUGCUUGAUGAUCAGGAGUGCGCCAUCCACGCCGACAACGUCAACCGGCACGAGAACAGAAGGUACAUCCCGUUCCUGCCGGGCACUGGGCGGGACAUUGACACCUGCUCCAUUCCCGGCGUGGACCAGCUAAUCGAGAAGUUUGACCAAAAGCCCGGCCUGCAGAGGAGAGGACGAUCUGGCAAGAGAAAUCGGAUCAACCCGGACGACAGGAAAAGGUCGCGGAGCGUCGACAGCGCCUUUCCGUUCGGUCUCCAGGGGAAUACCGAAUACCUCACGGAGUUCAGCAGGAACCUGGGCAAGUCAAGCGAACACCUCCUCCGGCCGUCCCAGGUCUUCCCGCAGAAGUCGCUGGCCCAGGAGCACCGUGGAAAACAGAGUCCGAGCUGCACCCUGGCAAAGCUGCAGGGAGCCACGCAGGGCGCUCAGGGCGCCCUCCCCAAGCCUCCCCCCGGGAGCAAAGAUGAGAAAGUUCUGGGCAAGGGGAGUCAGGAGGGCACCGUGGCGUGUGCCUCCUCCCUUCCAGCGCAGAAUAAAAAAGAGGAAGAAAUCAAAAUAGCCACGGCCACGCUGAUGUUACAGAACCGGGCUGUGGCGGCCACACCAGAUUCUGGUGCCAAGAAAAUCUCAGUGAAGACGUUUCCUUCUGACUCCAAUACUCAGGCCACUCCAGAUCUCUUAAAGGGCCAGCAGGAGCUCACGCAACAAACCAAUGAGGAGACGGCCAAGCAGAUCCUUUACAAUUACCUCAAAGAAGGAGGCACAGACAAUGAGGAUGCCACCAAGAGGAAGGUGAACCUGGUCUUUGAGAAAAUCCAGACAUUAAAGUCCAGAGCAGCAGGGAGCGCACAAGGAAACAAUCAAGUGUUGAAUUCUCCCUCCGAUGUCAACGAGCUACUGGAUCAGAAGAACAAAUUGAUCCUCGAAGUGUCUGAACUACAGCAGCAGCUGCAGCUGGAGAGGAAGAACCAUCAGAACAUCAAGGAGGAGAGAGAGAAAAUGAGAGAAGACUUGGAAGAGCUGCGAGGCAGGCACCAGAGCCACGUAGAGGAGACGGCCACGCUUCGGCAACGGCUGGAGGAGAGUGAAGGCGAGCUGAGGAGACACUUGGAAGAGCUCUUCCAGGUGAAGAUGGAGCGAGAACAGCACCAGACCGAGAUCAGAGACCUGCAGGACCAACUGUCAGAAAUGCACGACGAGCUAGACAGCACCAAGCGGUCUGAGGACAGGGAGAAGGGAGCCCUGAUCGAGGAGCUCCUUCAGGCCAAACGGGACCUUCAGGAUCUGUUCAUUGCCAAAGACGAGCAGGAAGAGCUCUUGAGAAAGCGGGAGCGUGAACUGACCGCCUUGAAGGGCGCCUUGAAGGAGGAGGUUUCCAGCCAUGACCAGGAGAUGGAGAAGCUGAAGGAACAGUACGAUGCAGAGCUGCAGGCCCUCAGGGAGAGUGUGGAGGAGGCAACCAAGAAUGUUGAGGUCCUGGCCAGCCGGAGCAGCUCAGCAGAGCAGAGCCAAGCAGGGGCCGACCUGCGUGAGAGAGUGCUGAAGGAGGAGAAUGAGAAGCUGCAGGAAAGGGUUGCAGAGCUGGAGCGCAGGGUGGCCCAGCUGCAGAGGCAGGUGGAGGAUGUGAAGGAUGACGAGGCCCAUGCAAAGGAGAUGCUCCGAAAGUGUGAGAGUGAAGUACAGCAACUAGAGGAAGCCCUUGUGCAUGCCAGAAACGAAGAAAAGGAAGCCACAUGUGCCAAAAGGGCGCUGGAGAGGGACCUGGAGCAAGCUCAGAGAGAGCUGAGCCAAACCUCCCAGGAGCAGAAGGAGCUGUUAGAGAAACUCCAGGCCGAGACUGAGCAGAAGGAGCAGCUGAGAAAGUUGAAGAACGAGAUGGAGAGUGAGCGGUGGCACCUGGACAAGACCAUUGAGAAGCUGCAGAAGGAGAUGGCCGACAUUGCUGAGGCCUCCCGCACAUCCUCUUUGGAGCUGCAGAAGCAGCUGGGUGAGUAUAAGGAGAAGAACCGCCGGGAGCUUGCGGAAAUGCAGACUCAAUUGAAGGAGAAAAGCCUGGAGGCAGAAAAGGCCAGACUGGCGGCCUCGAAAAUGCAAGAUGAGCUGCGCCUCAAGGAGGAGGAGUUGCGGGACUACCAGCGAGCCGAGGAGGAAGCGCUCACGAAAAGGCAGCUUCUGGAGCAGUCGCUGAAGGAUCUGGAGUACGAGCUGGAGGCCAAGAGUCACCUCAAGGAUGACCGAAGCCGGCUUCUCAAGCACAUGGAGGACAAGGUGUCCCAACUGGAGAUUGAACUGGAAGAAGAAAGAACCAAUGCUGAUUUGCUGUCUGAGAGGAUCACUUGGAGCAGAGAACAGAUGGAGCAGAUGAGGAGCGAGCUACUUCAGGAGAAAGCUGCCAAGCAAGAUUUAGAGUGUGACAAGAUUUCCCUAGAGAGACAGAACAAAGACUUAAAGAGCCGGAUUAUCCACCUGGAAGGUUCCUACAGGUCCAGUAAAGAGGGCCUGGUGGUGCAGAUGGAGGCCAGGAUUGCAGAACUGGAGGACCGGCUGGAGAAUGAAGAGAGGGACCGGGCCAACCUGCAGCUCAACAACCGCAGGCUGGAGAGGAAGGUGAAGGAGCUGGUGAUGCAGGUGGAUGACGAGCACCUGUCACUGACUGACCAGAAGGACCAGCUGAGCUUGCGCCUGAAAGCCAUGAAGCGCCAGGUAGAAGAGGCCGAAGAGGAGAUCGACAGACUGGAAAGUGCUAAGAAGAAGCUGCAGAGGGAGCUGGAGGAGCAGAUAGGAGUGAAUGAGCAGCUGCAGGGCCAGCUCAACUCUAUGAAGAAGGGCUUACGGCUUAAGACACUGCCCAGUAAAGUACUGGAUGACUCAGAUGAUGACGACCUCAGCAGUGACGGAGGAAGCCUCUACGAAGCCCCACUGAGCUAUGCCUUUCCCAAAGACAGCGCCAUCACCAGCCAGAUCUGAGUCCGCGUCCAGGCCUGUUGAUCCUGACAGGCCUCUGCAGCCAUCCAGAGCAGGCGGCAGUAAACAUGGGCCUGCGAAUGGAGUCAGGCCCACGGUUACCAGCUCACGUUACUCCCCAAGGCCUCCAGGUGGCUGAGUGGCCCAGGAUCUGAGGUCGGGAACUGUUGAAGGUUAAAAUGAGCUAACUGGGCCGUUUUGGGCAAGACAAACCCUUUUGUGCAUCGCCAUCUGCCAUCACCCCUCCUCCUACCCUGAGAAGGGCGCCAAAACGCCAGCUGAAAUGUUACAUAGCCACAUGCAGGGAUGCAAUGGCGUAGUGACUGUACCUGUCUUAAACCAGGCCCUCCUAGGACUGCUGCGGUCUACUUCAGACUAUCCCAGAGCCCUUGGGGGGUGACACCUCGGUAAGGUUCACACCCGGAUCUCAUCUUUUAAAUUAGGAAGCUCCCAGAUCUCGAGCAUUAAAGAGCAGAGGCAAAGGAGGAAGAAUGAAGGCUACUCUGGAAGUUGAGUGGCGAGGUGUCAGAACCUCAGCACUGGGAAUCGUUACGUGGGUCACAUGGGAAAAGAGCUCGUUGGCGGUUGGGGAAGGACUUUUACCCAGGACUGAGUCUGUGCCCUUGUUGCUUAUUUUAUCUGAACCGUGCUAAGAACAGUUCCCGCUCCCCAGUUUCUUUCAAGCAAGUGGAAGAGGGAGACAGAAGAGAUUGUAAUCAAGUGCUGUGCUUCUCGAAGGCCAAGAGCCCUGUUGUUGUGUCUCCUCAGCCCUUUUCCUCCAUGACAGACCUCCAAGCGAAGCUUGCUCAGGCCUGGGACUGGAGGAGUAGGAGGGGCCAUGAGACAAGGUUUAUGGGUUUAGAUAUGAGACUGAGAAGGGAGGUACCCAGUAAGCUCCUGGGGAGAGGGAGAAAGAGUAAGUGGGCAUAGGGCUGGCGUAAGAGGGAAUACAGACAAGUUCUUGAAAGCUGGGGAAUGUGCAAGAAGGGAAGGUGGGGGCUGAGCUAGAGCUUGGAAUGAUGGGAGGAAAAAGAACUUGGGGUGCUUGCCAUCUGAAGGGCCUUUCCAGGAAUGAAGUGACAGAAAUGCUGAGGUCCAAGGACAAGCACAUGAUGCCAAAUGGCCUUGGGGGGGGGUUGCCGGGCAUCUGGCAUAUCUCCUGGCCUACUACACUGUGACAAUCACUAAGGAAAGAACUUUGCUAAUUGGCUGUGUGUAUAAGGCAGAGGUGGCAGGACCCCAAGCUUCCUGAUAUGGACUCCUGGGGACCAGGUUACCGUGAGGUCUUGUCCGCUGCAGGUUACAGAGUUCACCCAACCAGAUUUAAAGUGAAGGGAUCUGAAGGAUGAACAUUUGCUACCAGAGAACCAGGCCCUAUUUACACCUCACUGGGGUCACAGUCUCCCUCAGCACAGCUGGGCAUGGCCCUUGCCUCUGUUUCCUCACUGGGUAUGGAGAGAUUUCUCCUCUCAGCCAUUCCUCCAUUUGACAAAUAUGUACUGUCCAUCAAAAUGUGCGAGGCAUAGACUUUGGCACUGGAAACACAGUAAGUAGAAGUGUCUGUUGGGUUGGGGAUGUAGCUCAGUUGGCACAGUGCCUGCCUGGCAUGCAGAGAGCCCUGUGUUUAAUACCCAGCUCUACAAACCAGGUAUAUGGUACUGCAUGCCCGAAACCCCAACACUCAGGAAGUGGAGGCAGGAGAAUCCAGAGUUCCAGGUCAUCCUGGGAUAUGGAAGACCCUGUCUUCCUGUAGCCAUCCAGGAGAGUGUGGGUGAACCUCUACCCAACAUUCGAACCCUCUGUCCUCUUGGGAACUUGAGAGCCUGCAGCUGGUUGUCCAGCUCCCCAGAACUCACUCACAGGAAUUCUUUGGCUCCUAGAGUUUUUUCAUGCCACCCUUAGAUACAUAGAAUAAGCCUAGAAAUGCCUCAGCCUGCUUAACCCCAGAGAGUCAGGUGAGAAAAAUCAAGACAUUGAGGAAGGAUUGUUUGCCUGGGGUGUGGGGAACAGCCUUCAUUUUCAGUUCUCCAUGGUAGCCACAGGGAAAACAAGCCACAUCAAGGAAAACCAAUCCUGAAAAGGAGAACAGAAGCCACCACUGGAAACACUUGGGGAGUCACCCCCUUGCCAAACAAGGAGGCUGGGCAGGUUGAGGGACCGUCUCCUGUGCCAUUGUGGAGUGGACAAUGAGGGGAGUAUGCACAGUACAGCUGACGGCACGACACUGGACUGAGAUUUAGAGAGAUGUUUGCAAACCCCAGGUUCAUCUCUUCCCUGUGACCGUAACAGGUGCCUCCUAAGACAGGGUGAAGGUUAGGGCCCUGGGUCCUUCUCAGCUUGAACCUGCAGCCAUUCCUUGGUAUAUAUAUAUGCAGGUUGUUCCGUUUAUUGCCUUAAGAACUAAUCCUGCUCAAGAGCAUUUUCUUUAGCUAGCUUAAAAAUAUUUUGUGUAAAAAAAAAAAAAUACACGUUGCCAAAUGCAAUGCUCAGAAGACAAUCGCCUAUGGCUUUUAUAAAAAAAAAAUUCCCCUGCUUGAGAGUGUCACUCCACCAUGACAAGUGGUCUACCCUGAUGGGGUUUGGUUUUUCGGUAGGGACUGGUUACUAUGCAUUGUCAUGGGGAAGAGACCUUUUUAUCACAGCUACCUCUGUGGAAGCGACUUCAUGGAUAAAGCAAGAUUUCCUUUCAAUAAACUGUCACCCGACAGGAA